UACCGACUACCGAGAGCAGCAGCGCUGCUUUCUCUCAAACUGGAGCUCCACCCAGAACUCAACAAAAGACCCCAUGACCCACCAACACAACAGGCAAGCUUUAUCAGCCAGAAUAACACACGGGCUCAGCAGGCAUGGAGCCUCUCAGUCUGCAGGUGCUGAUGGUUGUAACAGGGAGCUUCUUGGGCUUCCAGUGGCUGUUCCACAGAGGUAGCCCUUGGGUGUCUGAGAAGCUCUGCAAAGGCUUCCUGAGGCUCAGCCCUACACAAAGGACAGAGUGGAACUCCAGGGCCGUCUCAACAGUACAUGCCUUGGUUGUGGGACUUUUCUGUCUCUACAUAUAUAUCUUUGAUGAACCUAUCCAGAAAGACCCAGUCUGGGGAGAUGCCACACUGGUGAAGCUAAAUGUGGCCGUUACCUCAGGCUACCUAAUCUCAGAUCUCCUUCUCAUGUUUACUUCAUGGGAGUCUAUUGGAGAGAAAUAUUUUGUCAUACAUCAUUUUGCUGCUCUCUAUGCAUACUACUAUGUGCUGAGUCAAGGGAUAUUGCCUUACUUUGCUAAUUUCCGCCUGCUUUCAGAAUUCUCCACCCCCUUCGUGAACCAGCGUUGUUUUUUUCACAUGUUGGGCUACCACAAACUUUCCAAACCAAGUCUGGUUAAUGGUGUCGCCAUGGCAUUUACAUUCUUCUUGGUGAGGAUCGCAGUCAUUCCAGGCUACUACAGCCAUAUGUACUCGGUCUUUGGUACGGAGGACUUCUACCGGUUACCUCUGGGGGGCUGCAGUGCCUGGGUUAUUUCCAGCGUGUCUUUGGAUGUUAUGAACAUCAUGUGGAUGCGCAGAAUCAUCCGCGGAUGUCUCAAAGUCCUUCGCUCGGCCUGGUCGAGAAAAACAGGAACUGAGAUGGAAACUAGAAAGACAGACUGACAUGGAGAUACAGACAGAAAAUGAACACAUCAGCACACAAACCUUCCAUCUCUUUCAUGUCCAACCUGAUGCUGGAGUGCAAAUGCCAUGUAUAUGUUUUGUUAUUCCUGCUGCUGUAAUGCUGGGGCAUCAUAGUUGUGAGAAACCAUUUAUUGCAUUAAUAAUGACUGGCAUGAUGUCAUCUUCAAAUAUGGGCUCAACUGGAGGAAUUCAAACACAGGCGCUCCUUUACAUUUUAAGAAAUCAGGUGAUUAAGAGGCAUGAGACUGAUCACAUGUACAAUCAGGACAACAGUUGUGGUUGCACUAUUUAUUGUAAAGCUGCUAUUAUGAUCAACCAACUUGUCUUUAUGAAUGCAAAUAAACAAGCAACAGCACAUCUGAACUUCCACAAAGAUACACAGUGUGUGCCUGUAGACCAACGUUUUGACUUUUUGACAAUAUGGAUAGGGUUAUGCAAAUAGAGCAAAUGGCCAUUAUAAAUGUAGUGGAAAUGUUAAAUGUAUGGGUGAAAGAUCCUGCCUUUGCAGCUCAGCAGUGCAGGAUGUCAUACUCAAGAAACCAUGCAUGUCUAAUUAUUGCAUAUAUGGAGAACACUAUGUAUGGAGAGUAUUAUAUAUGUCUGGAAUGGAAAAUGUAUCAGGUGACACAAUAAUGUUAUAUAAUAUGUGUUUCUGAAAAUCUAUAACUUGAUGCAGCCGUGUAUAAGCUUGUUGCUUGUAAUAUGUGGUUGGUUGGAUUUGGAAUAAUGACACUAUUAGCCUAUAUAAGCUUCAAUAAGGUAAGGCUUUUCAGGUUAUUUAUCAUUAUUUACUUAAUAGUUAUGUAUGUGGUUAAAAUCAACAAUGAUAUGCUUCUUGAAAAAGGUGUAUGAGCUAUUCCAACUGGAAUGGAUUUCUACAAAUUCUGUGAUGUCAAUGCUCAUGUAAGUGACCGGAGAUGCGUGUU